AUGUGCACUUAUAAAAGAAAAUGCACUUAUAGAGAAUGUACUUAUAAAGAGUCGACUGAGUUAAAAGAUUCUAUGAAGGAGUUAAAAGAUUCUAUGAAGGAAUUAAAAGAUUCUAUAAGGAAUUAA